CCAGAAGGCAGAUGUCGCAACCGCCUCCCUCCCUCUUUCCCCGCCUUGGCGCUCAGACUCUCCCAGAUGAGCACGCUCGCAGACGGCUGCCGGCGGCCGGACGCCCGGCAUGUCCGCUGACUAUGCACAGGCGGCGGGCGCGGGAUCCCUGCGCACCCUGGAGCCAGCCAACGGCACCCGCUUUCCCUUUUUCUCCGACGUCAAGAGACACCACCGGCUGGUGCUGAGCGCCGUGGAGACGGUCGUGCUGGUGCUCAUCUUUGCGGUGUCGCUGCUGGGCAACGUGUGCGCCCUGGUGCUGGUGGCGCGCCGACGCCGUCGCGGCACCACCUCCCGCCUUGUGCUCAACCUCUUCUGCGCGGACCUGCUCUUCGCCAGCGCCAUCCCCCCGGUGCUGGCCGUGCGCUGGACUGAGGCCUGGCUGCUGGGCCCCAUCGCCUGCCAUCUGCUCUUCUACGUGAUGAGCCUGAGCGGCAGCGUUACCAUCCUCACGCUGGCCGCUGUCAGCCUGGAGCGCAUGGUGUGCAUCGUGCGUCUACAGCGAGGCUUGCGGGGCCCGGGGUGGCGGACGCGGGCCGCGCUGCUCGCUCUCAUCUGGGGCUACUCGGCGCUCGCCGCUCUGCCCCUCUGCGUCUUCUUCAAUGUUGUCCCGCAGCGGUUCCCCGGAGCGGACCAGGAAAUUCCAAUUUGCACUCUGGUUUGGCCCAACAUUGCAGGAGAAAUCUCUUGGGAUGUGUCUUUUGCAACUUUGAACUUCUUGGUGCCCGGGCUGGUCAUUGUGAUCAGUUACUCCAAAAUUUUGCAGAUCACGAAGGCAUCCAGGAAGAGGCUCACGGUGAGCCUGGCAUACUCAGAGAGCCACCAGAUCCGUGUGUCCCAGCAGGACUUUCGGCUCUUCCGGACGCUCUUGCUGCUCAUGGUCUCCUUCUUCAUCAUGUGGAGCCCCAUCAUCAUUACCAUCCUCCUCAUCUUGAUCCAGAACUUCAAGCAAGACCUGGUCAUUUGGCCAUCCCUCUUCUUCUGGGUGGUUGCCUUCACCUUUGCCAAUUCAGCUCUAAACCCCAUUCUCUACAACAUGGCACUGUUUAGGAAUGAAUGGAGGAAAAUGAUUUGCUGCUUCUUGUUCCUGAAAAAGGAAGACAUUUUUACAGACACGUCUGUAAGAAGAAAUGAUUUAUCUAUUAUUUCUAGCUAGUUAAAUUUUUUUCUGUAGGCCAAGCUUCUCACUAUGGGGUGAGCCCUAGUAUAUUUGCAAAGGGAGUGAAUUUCCAGGACCAUCAUACAAGUGUACUCUGCUUUAAACCCGUGCAAAUACACAACAAUGACACGUUAAGAGAUAAUUAUUCAACAUUAUUUUUCCUUUACAAAAGGAUAUGCUAUGGGUUCCUUUUAAAUAUGAGCUUUUUCAGCGUGUUUGUAAUAUAAUUAACUUAAAUGAAUUUUUUAUUUAUAACUGUUCAGCAAUCCCUUCUCCUACAUAUAAUAAAGCCUUCCUGGUUUCUGAAGUGAGACUUGGAACUGAUCCAGGCCCCAUAUUUCUCAUUUGAAGGGUCACAGCCAGUCUAGUCCCCCUGGACUUGUAAGACCUCAGGGUUAUUCAUGGAUAUCAAGAAUGUUUGAGAAAUUUCCAAGGAAAAAUUAAAGGUGAUUUCUUAUUACUGUUUUUAAAAAGUGCCAUGGACCCCUUCGGGGGAAAGUUUUCAUGAAAUCAGAGAGAAGGUUGGGUGCCUCCAAAAUGUGUAAGAGUGAGAAUGUGAGUGAAUCCUUUCAUUGAUUCAUUCAUCAGAUGUUUAUCAAGCCCCUGCUGGAAAUACAGUGAUGAGCCAGACAGUGAUGAACCAACCCCGCCCUCAGGGUGUUUACUUUCUAGUGGGAGGAGGAACACUGAAUAUUAAGUCAAUAAGUAAUAUAGUAUCAGAAAAUGAAUUAGUGCCAGGAAGAAUAUAGGAGAGAAUGCUAUGGUAGUGAUGGUAAUUCGGAUGAGGAGAGGGGGUGUAGGGAGAUCUUUCUGAGGAGUGACAUUGGACCUGAAAUGUGAAUGAUAAGAAAGAGUCAGUCAACCAUAUGAAUCUGAAGAAGGGGCUUCGCAGGCAGAGGAGACACUGGUGUAAAGAGGUCGGCGUGUUUGUGGAACAGAGAAGAAUGGUACAGCCAAAGCAAAGCAAACUAUUGACUGGACCUAUUCUCCAUGAGACACUGUCUUCAAAGAUGGGACAGAAGAGUGCCUCCCUAGAGCCCAUCAAUUGAGGCUAGGGGAGUUAGAGGGCUACAGAAGUUCCAGAGAGUUAUACAGAGAGUCUUAGAGGCCACCAUAGGGAGUUUAUUUUAUAGAAUGGGCGCCACUAGAAGUUUGCUAUUGGAGAUUGUUACGGCCUGAUGUACACUUUUGAAUAUUACUGUCUGCCCUGCAGAGAACGGACUUUGAGGGGCAAGAGUGAAAAUGGAUACCAGUUAGGCAGCUGCUGAGGCAGAAAAAGAUGAUGGGGAGCUUGGAGGUGGGUGGUAUCAGUGGGGGAUUGUGAGAAGUGAUUGGCUCAGGAUAUACUGUGAGAAGAUGGCACAAAUAUGAUUUAUUGAUGGUCGGAUUAAGAAUGUGACAAAAGGAGAGGACUCAAGAGUGACCCCUAGGCUAUUAACUAAACAUUUGGUGGAUGGUGUGGUGGGCAACAAAAUGGGGAAGACUGGGGUGGUGGGGGAACGAGAGUGGGAGAGCUGAGUUUCAUUUGGGGCAUAGAAGUAUGAUGUCCCAGUGAGACAUCCAAAUAGAGAGAAGGCAGUUGAAUGCAGGGUUAUAGAGCUUGUGCCUAGAGGUACGAUGUUGGGAGUCAGAUGGUAUGUACAGACCUAUGGUUUUGUCGAAUAUCUCUGGGACAGAAUGGAGAGAGAGAAGAAACCAGAGCCAAAGGCUGAACCCAGAGAUACAUCAACUCUUGGAGGCUGGGCCAAUUGCUGGAACGUGAAGUAGCACAUGGCCUGGCAUAUAGUAGGUGCUCAACACAUCUUGUUGACAAGUCAGUCAGUGCCUGUAGUUGCCAUUGCUUGUGUAGUUUGUGGAGCAGCCUACUUCUGACAUAAGAUCUAUGGGAAUCACAGGCUUGAGAACAAGGGGAUAGGGAUCUUUCAUUCAUCUUUAGUUGACAGAUCUUGUGAAUUGAAGCAAUUUUGUGAUGUGUGGGUGUCUUAUGGGCUUCUGAGGUUGUUAAACUGAAGCUGAUGAGCCAGGCUCUCUUGAAGGCAGAGCUUUCCCAUAUGUGGGCACCUGCUCCCUCCCUCUUCCAGGGGAGAAUGAGGCACUGUCUUAGUCUGAGUUCUUUAGAGGAGCAAAACCAAUGAAGCAUGUAUAAAUACAUAUAGAGAGAAAUUUACUUCAAGGAAAGGCUCACACAGGUGCGAGGAAAUGGUACAUGAAAUUGUGGGGGCUGGCAAGUUCCAAAUCUGUGGGUCAGGUGGCAGGCUGAAGGCUUCUGCUGGCUCACAUGGUUGUAGGGGCUGAUGAUUCCAAAAUCUAUAGCGCAGGUGGCAGGCUGGAGGCCUCUGCCGGCUCAGGGGGUUGCAGAGGUUGGCGAAUCCAAAAUCUGCAGGUCAGGAGGCAGGCCAGAGACCUCUGCUGGCUUACGUCCCAAGAACAGGAAGUCAGGCAAUGAGAAGAAGCAGGGUCAAGAAAGAUAGAGCAAGCUCUGCCAGAACAUCCAUUUACAACUACACCACACUUACUGGCUAUCUUGUUAUUCGACAUUUUGCAUUUACAACAACUUUGAAAAAAUUCUCAGGAGGCAUCUCUUAUGGUCUGGGCACCAAAUGGGGCUGUGGCUGGGCCCAGGUGCCCUCUGUGAGCCACCCUGGAUAAUAUACCAGAGCCCUUGGUGAUGACCAGGCCAUAUGAGGAUGGUGGUUGGCCAGCUGUGGGGCAAUUUCUCCCGUUUGUCCACGACGUCUUGGUCUGGGCAUAGAGGGCGCGGGGUGACAGCUGGACAACAUAGGGUCACAGGUGGGCAGGGGGAGGCCAGGUGAGAGCCCGAAGGUGCUGGAGAGAUCAGUGGGGGUAGGGGGAGAGGGAAAGGGCCGAGCAGGGCUGGGCAGAUGGAGGACUAGCGGGGUUCUUGCCUAGGGUGGGCAGUGGGCAGCAGACAACACCCAACCAACCACCACCACCUCCAAUCUCUGCAGUGGUGGGGAAUUGGGGCUUGCCACGCCACACGCAUCCUGAGAUGCACUGGAAGCACCUGGUGGUCGGUGAGUAAUGGAGCGGGGGGCACUGGCAUUGAAGACAAGGUGCAGCCCCUGACUCUCCCAAAACAAUGAUUUCACUCAACAACCUCGUGUUUGGAACUGAACCAUGUUCUUAAGUGAGGAAUGGGACUAUAUACUGGAGGCAGACCAUACCCCCAAAGAAACUUCCAUUUUGAGUGAUUGGCUGGCUGCUCCAUCAGAUCACAAAAUGUAAGGUGACUGCAUUGUGGAAGGCACAUGCCAAACCUCUGAGAAUAAUAGCCUGCCCAAGUUGGCAUAUAACAUUAGCCAUCACAGGGACCCAGGAGCCACCCAAGGCCCCUUGAUGUGCCAGCACCCCGGGCGGAGUUGUGUCUCCACACAUAUCCUGACACAUUUCAUAGAAAGUCAGCCUGGAAUGGCCAGCAUUUGCACAGCUCCCCUGUGCUUUAACAGACCCUGCCUAAUUGAAUCCUCACUGCAUCCCAUAUUUCAGAAGAGUGAGGCUCAGAGACGCUGUGUAACCAAUCUCCAAACCUCACAGCUAAAACAUAUCUGAACCAGCGAUAUAUUUGUUUUAUUUAUUUAUUAUUUUUGUUAAAUUACCUGUUUUUGGUAAAAGUUUAUACAGCAGAUUAGGCGUAAUUUGCAAACUGACGCCUGGAGUCCACUGGCCUGGCCUGCACUCACUUCUUCUUUCGGCCUCAGUGCCUUCAUCAGGCUGGUGGUUAAUGGGGGAAAUCUCUUUUUCAGGAAGUUGGGAGAAGCCACAGUCAUUGAUAAUGGAGAUUAGACACUAGAACAGGCCAAAGGUCAUGAAGAGCCGGGAGGAAAGAAUGCCCUUCUUGUAUAUAUAAAGCCUGACCAUUUGCCAGGACUUCUUACCUUGACACAGACAGGAACAUGAAUAAAAACUCAAGUCAUAGGAAACAUUUGACUAUAUUUUAAUAAAUCAAAGUCUGGAAUCCUAGGCCUCAAAUUACUCCUAAAAAACUCCAGUAAAGACACACAUUUGGCUUCAAACAGAUGCACUCGUUCCCACAUAUAUUUUUAUGUGUCCUGAAGGUUUUAUAUUUACUGAGGGAAGGUGAGGAGAGAGAGGGGCAAACUAAGUUCCUAAGAUAAAUAGAGUUGAAGGCUGAAUGAGAGUCGAUGGGAAGUUUUCAAAUUGAACAUUACAUCCACGAUGUGGCUACAAAACGUGUCCUUCUGAUUUGCCAUCACAGUAACCUGAAAUGUAGGGGGAGAAAGGCAUUAAUAACAGAAAGAUGGGCCUAGGGCUUAAUGUGGAUAAUGAAUAUCAUGACGUUCUGAGAACUCAGCUUCACUGAAAUGCUUCUUGUAAGGUCAUAGGGGAUCCCACCUGAAGAAAUUAGGUGUGGCCUCAAAGUCAUUACUGAAAUGCUUUGAAUUUCGGAUGGUGGCAGUUGGAGCUGAGAGAAGAUGAUCUGCUGUGUGAACCUGUGCUUCCUUUUAUUUGUCGUAAUUUUGCCUCACUGCAUCUCAAGGGAGGGUACAUCCUCUUUCAGGAAGUGAGGGGCCAGGCUGGCCUGACAUCAGUUACACUGUUGACGCUUUUAUAGGGUGUUCAUCAUGUCCUGUAUCAUAGGUCACCAGGUGGUGCCACAAAGCGGUUGAGAAUUACAAAGACCUGGGUUUGUAUCCAAUUCAGCUACCUACUGAAGAUCUUGGGCAAAUUUCUUAGUCUUUCUUGGUCUCCAUUUUCUCCCCUAACCAAAAAAACCAAACUCGUUGCUGUCAAGUCAAUUCCAACUCACAGUGACCCUAUAGGAUGUAGAUAAUAUCUACUCCAUAGAUGUUUCUGACAGUUAAACAAGAGAAUGCACUUAUCUGCCCUACACUCAUCUGUCCCCAGCAUGGAGCUUCAAAUUCUGAUUUAAAUUAAUUUUUUGGUGAGGUUCAUGUUACAAAUAUCUGUUUUGUGUACUGUGGGUCAGCUGGUUAGAUGACCAACAGAAAAUUUCAAUGUUCUCUUUUUUUCUACACUUUAGCAUUACUCUAGGCAGAUUUUGAAACCCAGUUUCCUAUAGGAAUGAGUGACUGUCAAUUCAAAAUAGACCGCAUACCUUCCUCCACAAUAAUUCUGGUUUUUAAAUCAAGAAAAGACAAGGGUAAUAUCUAUAAAAAGAUCCUAUGAUGUUUCCAGGGGACCUUAAAAAAGGUAAGUCAGGAAAACCAGCAAGUCAAUUUAACGAGAAAAGAAAAAGAAACUAGUUAAUUGGUUUUACAGAGGAAAAGAAAGUUGAAAUCAUUCUUUUUUAACUUGCUUUGUUGAUGUCUCUGUUUGAAAUCAGUUUUUCUGCUUUAGUUUUUACAUCAAUGGCCACAUUUGCUGCCGAACUCUUUACUGGGGCCACUGGAUCCCCAAACAACAGUACCAGUUACCAGUUGCCAUUGAGUUGAUUGCGAUUCAUGGUGACCCCAUGUGUGUCAGAGUAGAACUGCACUCCACAGGGUUUUCAACGGCUGAUUUUUUCAGAAGUAGAUUGCCAGGCCUUUCUUCCAAGGUACCUCUGUGUAAACGCAAACCUUCAACUUUUCUGUAAAUGGCAGAGCCUGGUAAUCGUUUACACUAUCCAGGGACUCCCCAAACAAUAUUGGUUCAGUAAAAAUGGUUGUUUGGAGCAGUGUAGCCACAGGCAAAAUUGUGUGACCACAAACUGGGUAUACUAAAAAGAAUAGAAUAAAAGGAAAAGUGUCCCCUGCAGCUUUACUUAAAUAAAAGUGUCAGAGUUUUGGAAAAAGGCCUUUAUCCAUUUUUUCCACAUCCACCCUAUGAUGAGGCCAGUGAAAGAUUUGGUCAUGACAGGUCAAGAUGAACUCAGGCAAGGGGAUCCAAAGAUUCUUUGUGUUCUGUUGGGUGCAGAUGAAAUGGAUUUCACUGGCAUGCAGGCCCAACCUCACUGCUGACUGGCCCCUUGGGAAAGCCGGGUCCAGCACCCCACUCCCGUGCGCACUCACCAUUAUGAACAAUCAUCCUGUACUGCCUGGCCAGGCACAGCUCCUCCUGCCUCUGCCUCACGAGUUUCUGCACUUCCGGGGGCAACCCAUAGGGAUCGCGGGCAAAGAUGAAGGAGUAGCUGUCAGCACAGGUGCCAUCAAGGUUCAAGAGGCGGCAGGAGUACUGCACAGCGUACGUGUCGUAGUCUGUGUCGAUGAUCCAGUGGUCAUCGUCUAUAAGCCAGAAAGUCAUAGUGCUAAAGUCUCUCCAGUCAGAGAGCUUGGACGUCCAGGUAAACUUGCUACCAGGCAUGAGAAGCUUCCUGAAACUGGUUUCAUUUCACUGGGAAGCUGGAAGCUACAGAGAAUUCUGACAGCUUUUGUAAAACUGGGAAAAUACAAAAGGAUCUGGUUUUCUUUUAUCAAAAAAAGUCCUGGGAUGGGAGUGGGGAGGAUCUCAUUCACUUCAAUGGUAUCUUCCAUCCUGGUGAUAAAUGUGAUCACAUCUUUCCAAAGAACAAGAAUGUGGGCCCAUUAAAACCACAGAACAGACCUUUCUCCUGUCAUCUUGGCCAUCUACCCGCCAGUAACAUCUAUGUCUUUUGUGGCUAAUGUCAUGGCCACCAACUUAUGAUAUCCUUGACAUCAGGGUUUAUCUUUCGCAGUGAUCUGUAUCAUUUAGGGCCCAAUCAUCCCACUCAUCACUCCACCCCCUGGUCUCUCAACCCACUGGAGGCUGCCACUUAGAUGCUCUUCCAGGUCCAUCUGAAUUCCUGCUCAGUAACUCUACUCACUUCUCCAUGCUGGUAAAAGCGAGUAUUUUGUGCUUUUUUGGCAAAAAGAUGCCUGUCAUUUGACAUCAGAUAUUCCGUCCUAGAGCUUGUACGCUUCAUUACUCUCCUGAGCCCAUGGAGAAUUUAGAUUCUAUUUAUUCCUCAAGGCUAGGCUGUAAGCCAUGAGGAAUAAAUCUAAAUGAAGGCAGUAAAAAUAACAAAGGCAAGAUAACAUUAAUAAGAAUGUAUGUGAGAGAUUUAUCAUAGAGAAACAAUAAUGCUAUGGUUUAUCCAAAUACCCUGAUUUGGGUAAAAAUGCCAUGUCUCUAUUUAAUGUAAUGUUCCUGUUGACAUAUAACCAUGGUUAGGACUUUGUGAGCACUUAAUUAUGUGCCUGUCACUGUGUAGACACUUGCCCUAUUUUCUCAUUUAUUCCUUACAUCAAAUGUGCACACUGUUGUCCCCUAUUUUACAGAUGAGAAAACGGAGACACAAAAGGGUGAGAUGUAAAACUGACAGUUCAGUGUCCAGUCAGUAAUAUGCACAUGCACAAAAAAGUAAUGAAAGGGACUACUCACGAACAUUCAAAACGUGAAACAAUUCAGAAAAGGAUAUCCAGAGAGGUAGCAUGAUGCAAAGAAUGUAACCAAUGUCACUGAACUGUACAUGGAGAAAUUGCUGAACAUUAAAAAUGUAUACAGUGGGAAAAAAAGAAAACGGAGGUACAGGGAAACUAUAUAAUUCACCUAGGCUCACAAAGAGCAGGGUAGAACUGGGAUUCAAAUGCUGGGUGUCUGACUCCAGAGCCCACAGGCUUAAUCUCUACACCACACUGUCUCCAGGCAGUAAGUCGAGCGGGAUGGAAAGGGCAAGCAACAAGAAACAAAAAGCAAUUGUGUCUCAUCUCAUGCCCAUGUCAUGCAAGCAAGUGAUGCUGUCUGUCCUAUAUAGUUGGAGGAAGCAGAGGUGCCUGGAUCCUCAGCAUUAGGGGUGUAUGGGUGAUCUCUAAUGCUCACUCUAGGUCAGUCUGGUGUGCUUCUCUGAGAAGCCCAAACCCAGGCCAUGCAGGAGGGGUUGUCAGAGUACAACCAAGUGAGGCCUCCGUGGGAAGAAGUGGUGGAGCCCCUUCUUCAGCAAACUCCGGACCUGGCAGGAGGAGGAAUGAGCUACCCACCCCCCCGGCACCCCGUACC